UCUGGAAUGUUUACAGGAACUUCAUGAGCAGCAUCAGGACCAAGCGUUUGUCAGAGGGAAAAAGACAUGCUCUGAAGAAACUUUUGGUUCACGGAUCACAGCAGAUGCCACAGGUGUAGCCGCUGGGCUCAACAGAGUAAUGGCUGUUCAGACUGCAAUCAUGAACCCUCAGUUCAUGAAUUUCUGCUUCCCUGGUUCUGUGAUGGAGUAUGAUGUGGAGAAAAGUCUGGAUGGGAGUCUCCUGGGUGAGGCAGAAAAUGACGAGGACUACAAAGAGACCACUCGGGACUUGCUGAGCUUCAUAGACUCAGCCUCAAGCAAUAUCAAGCUGGCUCUGGACAAGCCAGUGAAAUCCAAGAGGAAAGUCAACCACCGGAAGUAUCUACAGAAGCAGAUCAAAAGGUGCACUGGCAUUAUAACACCAGGAAAUGUAGCAGAGGCCCCAGUUAAAAGACAAGGGUCCCCCCUGGCUCAGCCCAGCCCUUUGCAGAGCAAAACUCUACCUAAGCGUGAUGGGGUCCAGGCCAACUUACAGAGCAAGAGCUUGGCAGCCCUCUUCAGCCCUGUGAAGGAUAUAAGGGGUGAAAAAGCCAAGAAGCCACCCCUGAGGCAUCGCAAUUUGCCCCCCUCUUUCUUUACUGAGCCUGCCAACUGCUCCAAAGUCAGCUCCACAUCUGGGAUGACGCUGAAGGACUUGGAACGAGGAAAUCCUGAAGCUGCAGAGUUCUUCGAGCUCUUGGGGCCUGAUUACAGCAACAUGGUCAGUGACCAGGACCUUUAUCACAGCAUGCCUCUCCGGGUGCAGCCAGAGAUGGGGGGCCCAGAUCCCGCUUCCUACGAUGCUCACCAUUUAGUUGGUGGUCUCCUCUACUCGGAGCCCUGGACUAGCUGCUCUGGACCCUCUAAGAAACAAGGGGAGAGCCUGCGAACGGGCCCAGCCCAGCCUCCUGUCUACUGUCACUCUGAGGCUGCUACUGGGCCCAUAGAGGACAACGCACUGUGCACUUUGGCCUUCCCGAACUUCUUCACAGACUGCUCCAUACCUCAGGUCACUUAUGAUUUAAGUGGUGGUUAUAACAGAGCUAAUUAUUCAUCUCUAUGAGAGAAUGACAAUUCUUUCGUUAAGAAGUGUCAGUAAAAAGCAGAUAAAACUGCCGUGACAAAUUUAACAGUAGUACAAGAGAGUUUGAUAUGACUGUAUCUUAUUUGUUUAUCUGUUGUGGAAAUGAUAUUGCAACAUUUCUAUCAUCCUUGCUCAAUAGAAAUGUGUGUCAUGGGGCUUUCCCCCCCUCAAACAACAGUUUUUCUUUCAUAAAAAAAUGUCAAAAGCUCUUUGAAAUUACUUGAUGCCAUGUACAUUUCCGAUAUGCCAGUUUCAUUCUCUGCACAGUUCUGUUUAAUGUUUCACAAGUUUAUAUGAUUUUCUUUAUCUCAGGCAAUUUCAAAUGGCAUUCUGAAUGAAAACACAUCUGAUGUUGGGUAUGUUUCAACAGAGUACGUGACUCUGUUCAUCAGAAUGAAGCUUAUUCAUUUGGAAAUUUAAUGAGACAUUUCAUUACAUUUUCAUAUCUUACAAAAAAAAGGAAGCACACAAGCUGCAGAGAUAGUUGUUGGUUUAGUCCACUAAGCAUCAGUUAUUGCUCGGGAACGGUAUUAUAGAACUGUUUGUCACAUUUGACAAAACAUGCUGCAACAAUAUCUCAGUGAGGCACUUUCUUCAGUCCUAUUAGUAAUGAUUCUGUGCAGAGACAUAGAGGGGGAGACCCAUUUUGCUGAAAUGAUGAUUACAACAAUGUGCGAUGCCAUAUUUGUUUUACAGCAUUUACAGCUCAGAAAUGAUUUUCAGUCGGCAGAUUUUACCACUUGUAUCCAUUUUUCUGGGAAAAGCCUUUAAUGUAUCUAGCUAU